AUGCCUGCUUUAUCCCCUACAAUGACCCAGGGGAAUGUUGGUACUUGGCGGAAACAGGUCGGAGAUUCCAUUACACCCGGUGAUGUGUUAGUCGAAAUCGAAACUGAUAAAGCUCAGAUGGAUUUUGAAUGCCAAGAAGAAGGGUAUCUUGCCAAAAUUUUUGUUGAGUCUGGUGAAAAAAAUGUUAGCCCUAUUGCCAUUCUUGUUGAAGAUAAUGAAGAUAUUAAGAAAUUUGAGGACUAUGUACCUGAACAAAGUUCAACACCCUCCAAAUCAGAGUCUGCCGAAAAAAGUGAAGAAACUUCAAAACAAGAUAUACGAAAAGAAGAACCGCAAAAACAAGAGGAGUCCGUGAAAAGUCAUACGUCUAAUGAUAGAAUCCUUGCGAGUCCUGUAGCACGUAAAUUAGCAGCUGAGCGCGGGAUUUCUCUUGAUAAAGUUGCUGGUACAGGCCCAAAAAAUCGUAUUGUUAAAGCUGAUAUUUUAAAUUUUGUUCCUCCUGCGGCAGAGCAACCGACUCCAUCACAAUAUGUCGACCCAUCCUCAUCUUACACUGAUAUUCCACUAACUAACAUGCGCAAGAUCAUCGCUUCACGAUUAAGCGAAUCCAAACAAUCUAUACCACAUUAUUACUUGACUAUUGAGGUGGAAGUAGACAAACUCUUGGAGCUUCGUGAAGUUCUCAACAACGACAGUGAUGGAAAAUAUAAAAUUUCAGUUAAUGAUUUUGUGAUUAAAUCCUCGGCAUCUGCGCUUAUGGCUAUGCCUGAAGUAAACAGCACUUGGCACAACGAUUUUAUUCGGCAGUAUAAUUAUGCUGAUAUCUCGGUUGCCACAGCAACUCCUACUGGGUUGAUUACGCCUAUUAUAAGAAAUACACAGGCCAAGGGACUAGAAGCUAUAUCCAAACAAGUUAAGGAAUUGGCAGUUCGUGCAAAAGAAGGCAAAUUGGCACCUCACGAGUAUCAGGGAGGAUCUUUUACUAUUUCAAAUCUUGGGAUGUACGGGAUUAAAAAUUUCACAGCUAUAAUUAACCCUCCACAUUCCUGUAUCCUUGCUGUGGGUACUACACAAAAGAAACUCAUACCUGAUUCUAGCAAGGAAGCUGGAUACCGGAUUGCAACCACCAUGCACGUGACGCUAUCAUGUGACCAUAGAGUCGUUGAUGGUGCUCUGGGCUCGCAAUGGCUUAACGUAUGGAGAACAUAUAUUGAAAAUCCAUUAAAACUGCUUUUAUAA